UCUGGUUUUGGUCCCUCAGUCUCAGAUGGAUUAUGGCUCCCAGGAGGAUGGAAACCAAACCGGCGAUCUUCUGCCUGAAGACGCUGCUGCUGCUCUACUCCUUCAUCUUCUGGGUGACAGGGGUGGUCCUGCUGGUGGUGGGGUUAUGGUGGAAGUUCAUGUUGGGUCCCUACAUGUUGCUGAUCUCUAGCAGCCCUUCCAGUGCUCCCUACGUCCUCACUGGCACCGGCGCCGCCAUUGUCCUGUUCGGACUGUUCGGCUGUUUUGCCACCUGUAGGGGGCGUCCCUGGAUGUUAAAACUGUACGCAGUGUUUCUGUCUCUGGUCUUCAUGACUGAACUCAUUGCUGGGAUCUCUGGAUUUGUCUUUCGUCAUGAGAUUAAAGGGACAUUCCUCACUGCAUACAGUGCAGCAGUGAUGAGAUAUGACGGACGAGAUGACAGGAGUCUGGCAGUAGAUGGUGUCCAACGCAGAUUACACUGCUGUGGAGUUUAUAAUUACACCAGCUGGUUCAGCAGUGUGUAUUUUCCCAUCAGUGGGAUUCCUACCAGCUGUUGUGUUCAUGUCUCUGACUGCAAUGAAGCAGACCUGAAGAACACCACUCUGGCAGCACAGAAGGUCUACAAAGAGGGUUGCUAUGAGCUGGUUGUGUCCUUCAUAGAGAGCAACAUGGGAAUCAUUGCUGGAGUUACCUUUGGUAUUGCCUUCUCUCAGCUGGUGGGUGUAACUCUGGCCUGCUGCUUGUCUCACUUCAUCAACAGCAACCAGUACGAGAUGAUCUAACAGGAAAGUGAAUAAGAUGUACAUCACCAUGGAAACGUUAGGAAAAACACACACAUACAAACACGCACUGUUAACAUUCCUGUUGUAUUUAUUUUGUGUCUUGCUGUGAAAUACUGAAAAUUGACCCCUUUGUGUUCUCUCUCUUUGUGUUGUUAGGAUCUUUCUUUUUAUGUGUGUCAGGCUCAGGUCCUGAGAAAACCUGUUGUCAGUAACAAUCAUAUUCAGAAAGCCCUCUUAGGGGCACCAGAACACUUGAAAGGCUUUCACAUUUUUAGGUUAAAGUUGAAAUUUGAUUCUGUGGCAGUGUGCUGUGUUUGAAAGAUGUGUUGUUCGUGUUUCAUAUUCUGUGUACUGUGAUGUGACAGAUUUUAUAUUUCUGUUUUCUGAAUGAGAAAUUCACUGAUAACUAUUUGAGACAUGCAAUGUUUUCAAAAAAAUAAAUGAGGCUGCGUGUUGUGUCGAUAAA